AUGUCGAAGAAGAGGGUGAUCUUGUUGAGCCUUGCAUCAAGAGAGAUGACUUUGGAUGUCCCUGUUGUGAUUGAGAGGUUUCAAUACAUCAUUCCAUGCCUCAUCUAUGUUGAGAAGCGGCACCAGCAUACAUGUUCUUUGGAGUUGUGUCGAUCAUGUGACAUUACAAAAAUAUCAGUAACCGCUGUAGGAGACCCACUUUCAGUACUGAAGAACUGCAGUGACCUAAAAAAAAGAGAACAAAGCCUCAUCGGGCAACAAAAACUUCAAUGCUUAUGUAAUAAGCCAAGCUCUCACAAUUGUUUCUCUUUGGACAGUCACAGUCUUUCCUACACGACCUUCUCUUACUCGAACUUGACACUCUCCAAGGCAGCUGUCUUGAACAGUGAAUUCAGCUUGAAUGCCACCAUCACCAUCAGAAACAUGGACAAGCUUCUCAAAACUUCUGCUGUGAGCAGCAUGAACAGCACAAAAGACUUGGAACUUCAACAUACCUGGCUGCAUGUCUCAGUCCCACCAUCUUGUGUGUCACUGUCGCCACUCUUAGACCUUGCACAGGUGCUCAAGUCUGCCACGACAACAGUGCCCAUUGUGUCCCUUGCCCUCUCAGAUCAAUAUGCAGGACCUGCAUCCAGCUCCUUCUGA